GCUUUAUUUACCCACAAAUAGAAACUGUUUGCAAGGAGCUAGGUGUCUGCGUUAACAAACUUUCGGUCGAAUUUCAGUGGUAACCCCUAAACGAAUCCAACCAAAAUGGGUGAUAAUUUCGGUAUACAUCGUGGCCCGAACAAGAAGACGGCAGAUAUGGUGGAAGAUCGCACGCAGGGGCAGAUAUUGAGCGAUUUUAUGAUGCAGCUGGAAGAUUACACACCGACGAUUCCCGAUGCAGUCACUUCUUACUAUCUCAAUUCGGCCGGUUUCGAGGGAGCGGAUCCACGGAUUGUACGCCUCAUUUCGAUCGCUGCCCAAAAGUUUGUAUCGGACGUCGCGAACGAUGCGCUGCAGCAUUGCAAGACACGCACGAACAGUGCACCCAGCUCCGGGCACGGCUCGUCCAAGAACCAGAACCAGAAAUCGUCCAAGGAUCGGAAGUACACGCUCACGAUGGAAGAUUUGCAACCGGCAUUGAAUGAUUACGGUAUAACUGUGCGUAAGGCGCACUAUUUUGUCUAAAAAGCAACAAUAUGGUCGAUUUGGGAAUUCGUUGGGGCGCCAUGUUGUUGUCAUUCAGGAGAUGAUUUUUUGUUUUUAAAAUACUUUUCUACUUUUCAAUUCUUGAAAAUUAUCUGGAUUCCAAAUAAAUAAACGAAAUAAGACGAUCAA